UCCACGUCAGCAAUUUAAAAAUUGCAACUUUAUUUUAUGUUCACAUUUAGCAGUUCAAACACACGUAUAAAAGGCCCCGUGGUCACAAGCAGGACACACGAAACGUUGGCACACAUGGAGAAACAGAGCAUCAGAUUCAGACACAUUUCUUCUUCUUCUCCUUCUCCUUCGUCUUCUUCCUCUUCUUGGGUUCGUGGCGCGUGCAUCGGACGCGGCUGUUUCGGCACCGUAAGCACUGCGGUGAGAAGAUCCGACGGCGGAAUUUUCGCCGUGAAGUCAGUGGAUAUCGCCACGUGUCUCCCUUCUCAGGCGGAGUCUCUUGAGAACGAAAUCGCCGUUCUUCGCUCUCUCGAGCCUCACCCAUGCAUCGUCGGUUUCAUCGGCGACGACGUGUCCAAUGAUGGAACGGCGUCGUUUCGGAACCUCCACGUGGAAUAUCUUCCACGCGGUGACGUGGCUUCCGCCGCCGGCGAGAUCGACGAGGCUCUGCUCCGGCAGUACACGUGGUGCUUGGUCUCUGCUCUUCGACACGUUCACUCGUUCGGAAUCGUUCACUGCGACGUGAAGGCGAGGAACGUCCUCUUCGGACACGACCGGAGCUCAGUCAAGCUCGCAGAUUUCGGGUCGGCGAUCAGAAUUGGCGACGGUGAAUCGACGACUCUGAUCACGCCACGUGGAAGUCCGUUAUGGAUGGCGCCGGAGGUGAUCAGGAGGGAGUAUCAGGGGCCGGAGAGUGACGUAUGGUCGCUCGGGUGUACGAUAAUCGAGAUAUUCACCGGGAAACCCGCCUGGGAAGACCGCGGGUUCGAUUCGCUCACUCGAAUCGGGUUCUCCGACGAGUUGCCAAAAUUUCCGGCGGGUCUGUCAGAAAUCGGCCGUGAUUUCCUCGAAAAGUGUUUGAACAGAAACCCGAGAAAGAGGUGGAGUUGCGAUCAGCUUCUGCAGCACCCAUUUCUGUCGCGUGAUAGCUGUUCCUCAUCUCCGCGUUGCGUACUCGACUGGGUCAACUCGGAGUUCGAAGAAGACGACAGAGAAGAAGAGUCGAGAUCCAGCCCUGGAAUGUCCGCGAUGGUAAGGAUUUGCAAAUUGGCUACGACCGGAGGGGCAAAUUGGGAAUCAGAUGGUUGGGUGGAUGUUAGAUGCCACGCUUCCGAAGGGGAAGGGGAAGGGACAAGCAAAGAAUAUACGAAUUCGGCGAGGGUAAAUUCGGAAUUCAAGACAUCUCUGGAUGUCGAGGAGGUUUGGUCGGAUGGGCAAAAUCGUAAUUUUAAUAAUCUCGGGGACGCGGCGGCUGGCGGUAGCCCGCCGCGGAACGCGGGAUCGGCGGCGGGGACGCGUGAAAUAUUAUUACUAUUAUCGGAUUUUCUGGCUGUAAAGAAUAUUCAGAUAUAUUCAACGUCUGUCACCAUUGUGAUUCUCAUUCUCUUUAUCAUUAUCACGGCGAAAAUAAUAAUAAUAAUAAUAAUAACAACAAAUGUUUGUUUCAUUCCUAGCCUUUACUUUAUGUUUUCUAUCGCAUGUGAUUCGGACCGAACAAUCUAA